AAAUUGAAGCGCGCAGGAAGAGAAAACAAAAUCGACCGCACAAUUUCGUUGAUAGCGGGCCGUGGAAAACGUUUCAAUGUGAUAAUCUGUUCCGCGCAAGUGACCUAUCUACCGUACAGUGUAAUUUAUUUUUGCAUACCAACGGUUUAACAUGCCGUCUGAAACGAAAGUGUAUUAUCCUAAUCCGAAUUUUUCGAAAAAUGCUUACAUUAACUCUUUUUCUCAAUACCGUGAAAUGUACCUUCAGUCCCUGGAUAACCCAGAAGCCUUCUGGGGAGAAAUAAUCAAACAAUUUCAUUGGGAAACGCCAGUAGAGUAUGAUAACUUUUUUAGAUAUAACUUUGAUAUCAGAAAAGGGCCUAUUUACACCAAAUGGUUUGACGGAGCCACAACCAAUAUAUGUUACAACGUAUUAGACAGAAUUGUUCAAAGAGGAUACGGUGACAAAGUAGCAUACUACUGGGAAGGAAACCAUCCUGAUGAUUACAGUCGUUUAACAUAUAGGAAACUUCUGGAAGAGGUAUGCAAAUUUUCGAAUGUAUUGAAAAGCAAAGGUAUUAAAAAGGGAGACCGAGUAGCAGUAUAUAUGCCAAUGAUAUUAGAAGCUGUAAUCACCCUUUUAGCUUGUACAAGAAUAGGUGCAGUUCAUUCAGUAGUGUUCGCCGGUUUUUCCGCUGACUCAUUCGCAGAAAGAGUUAUAGACUGUGGAGCUGAAAUAAUUGUUACUGCCGAUGGAGUAUGGAGAGGACCGAAAUUUCUUGGUCUAAAAUCAAUUUGCGACCAAGUAAUGGAUAAAUGUGCUAGACGAAAUCAUAAUAUUCGACACUGUAUUGUUGUUGCCCACUUAAAACGAGUAACAUCGCCAGAUAAUAGUCAAAAGAGUAAUAAGGUGCAUAUGAAAGAGGGGCGCGAUAUUUGGUGGAAUGAUGCUGUAGCAGAUUCGUCUAUUACUUGUCCUCCAGUCUGGACAAACAGUGAAGAUCCUCUUUUUAUGUUGUAUACAAGCGGUUCCACAGGGAAACCCAAAGGUGUUUUACAUACAGUGGGCGGUUAUAUGGUCUAUACGGCAGCGACUUUCAAAUGUGUUUUCGAUUACAAAAGUAAAGAUGUUUAUUGGUGUACUGCUGAUAUUGGAUGGAUUACUGGUCAUAGCUACGGAGUUUAUGGACCUUUGGCCAAUGCUGCCACUUGCGUUCUAUUCGAAGGAACACCUUUCUAUCCCGAUAACGAUAGAUUUUGGACUGUGAUAGAAAAAUAUAAAGUAAAUCAAUUCUAUACAGCUCCCACUGCUAUUAGAGCUCUUAUGAAAUACGGUGAUGACUUAGUUCGAAGACACGACGUUUCAUCAUUAAAAGUCAUAGGUUCUGUUGGAGAACCAAUAAAUUCGGAGGCAUGGCUGUGGUACUAUAAAGUUGUAGGUGGAGAGAAAUGUUCAGUAGUAGAUACUUUCUGGCAAACGGAAACUGGAGGACAUGUUCUUACACCCCUUCCAGGUGCAACACCUAUGAAACCCGGAUCAGCUACAUUUCCAUUUUUUGGAGUUCAACCUGCACUUUUAGAUGAAUCUGGUAAAGAAAUAGAAGGAGAAGGGGAAGGCUACUUGGUUUUCAAACGACCGUGGCCAGGUAUAAUGAGAUCAUUAUUUGGAAACCAUGAACGUUAUGAAGCAACCUACUUUUCUAAAUUUCCUGGCUACUAUUGCACCGGUGAUGGUGCCAGAAGAGAUGCCGACGGUUACUUUUGGAUAACUGGCCGUAUAGACGACAUGUUGAACGUUUCAGGCCACUUAAUGUCUACGGCAGAAGUUGAAUCAUUAUUAACUGAACACAAAGCGAUUGCAGAAGCUGCGGUGGUAUCAAAGCCCCAUCCAAUCAAGGGUGAAUGUUUGUAUUGUUUUGUCAUAACUUCAAACGAAACCCAUUUCGAUGAUAAUAUUAAGAAAGAAUUAUCAUUACUUAUACGUGAGAGAAUAGGUGCUUUUGCUACCCCAGAUGUUAUUCACAAUACUCCGUCCCUGCCUAAAACUAGAUCUGGUAAAAUUAUGCGAAGAAUAUUGAGAAAAGUUGCUGUAAAUGAUAGAAAUUUAGGAGACGUUAGUACACUGGCUGAUUCAACAGUUAUAGAAACAUUGUUUGCCUCAAGACCUGUGUGUUCUUAAAGUUUGUAACUUUGUUUGUACAUAUAAGUAUAUAUUUAUGUAUAUAUGUGUUAAUGACUUGUAGACAUUCUGCUGCUAAUUUAUUAUUAAUGUUAUGUACUAUAUGAAAAAAAUACAUGUAAAUUGACUCGAAUUAAUAAAACCAACAAAUUAUGGAA